AUGAGUAAGGCACUAGAUCGCAUCUCUCAGUCACCCUUCACACACAAGAUAGAGGGGGCUGAACUUCCUCGGCAGUUCCACCAACCCACUUUCGCCAUAUAUAAUGGUCGGAUAGACCCCGUAAAGCACGUAAGUCAGUUCAACCAGAAAAUGACCAUCCAUUCCAGAGACGAAGCUUUGAUGUGCAAAGUGUUUCCAUCCAGUUUGGGACCCAUGGCAAUGAGGUGGUUUGACAGCCUCAAGCCAAACUCCAUAAAUUCUUUUAAGCAGCUAACCCAGGCUUUCGGUUCUCGCUUCAUAACGAGCAGUAGGGUUCCUCGACCUUUGGAUUCCCUCCUGUCCUUAUCCAUGCGAGAAGGAAAGACCCUGAAGGCCUACUCGGAUAGGUACUGGGAGAUGUAUAACGAGAUAAAGGGAAAUUAUAAUAACGUCGCCAUCAGCACCUUCAAGAGAGGCCUGUCGACAGAGCACGGUUUAAGGAAAUCCCUGACUGAGAAACCGAUAACCAGCGUGCGUCAGCUCAUGGAUCGAAUCGACAAGUAUAAAAGGGUCGAAGAGGACCAGCAGACUGGUAAGGGUAAAGCAAAGGUUAUCCCUAAAGAGAGAAAGGACUUCAGGUCGGAUCGAUUUAGUAACAACAACCGACCGAGAAGAGAUUACUCGGAGCAGUCUGGAUUUAUUAGGGUGCGGGUAGUCCACGCGGUGUUCUGGGAUCCAUUACAUCAAAUCUUAGAGAAAGUCAAGAAUGAGUCGUUCUUUAAAUGGCCAAAUAAGAUGGCAGGCGACCCCGCGAAAUGCAACCAGAACCUAUAUUGUUAA